AAUUAGGAGAAGAGAAUGAAACAAAUUGUUAGAAUCGGUGCAGAAUGCGGUGUGAUUCAAAAUUUAAGUUUUGAUACUCAUCAUGGCGGUGAUGUUGGAAGUAUUUCUGAGUCCGAAUCGCAAACUAUGGUUUUCAAACCAUGUAAUCCUCGUUACACAGACUAUACACCUUGCCAAGAUCAAAAGCGUGCCAUGACCUUCCCGAGAAAUGAUAUGAUUUACAGAGAGAGACACUGUCCUCCUGAGGAAGAAAAGUUACAUUGCUUGAUUCCAGCUCCUAAGGGAUAUGUAACUCCAUUCCCCUGGCCAAAGAGUUGUGAUUUUGUACCCUAUGCAAAUGCACCUUAUGGUAUUAUUUUUUUUUGAAAGGGAAGCACAGUGAUGCUUUUUAUUGCUGUUCUAAACUUUUUUACCAUCCCAGGUCUUGGUAUGAAGUUUUUUAUUGGUCUUCCUCUUAUGAAACGAGGAACAUUCAUUUUAAUGUAUGUAUAUUGUCUCUUGCUGCAGUCCCUUACCGGUUGCAUAUGACGCUGAUCAUCCAAAUUCUGAGGUCAUUGUUUCUGUGGAUGGUGAUAGCAUAAAGCAGCAGGAAGAGGAACUCAGACGAAGAAUUGAACUUGAAGCAGAGGAAAGAAAGCUUGAAGAAACUUUGGAGUUCCAAAGACGAAUGGAGAAUGAAGCUAAACAGAGGCACCUUGCUGAGCAACAUAAAAAAGAAACAUAUCAUGAGAAGGUAGAAGAGGCAAUUCAUGAUGCAAGCUUGAAAUUUGAUUCUGUUGAUUUAGAUGCAAGUGAGCAAUCUAAACCUUCAAUGCAGGAGCACUUGGCAAGCAAGUCAGAGGAUGUCCUCACGCCUCACCAUUCUACAUCACCUACCGCUCUUUGUACUCAAAUGAGCAGAGAUAAUCAGGCCAAAGUUGGACAAGGGGGCCUUGCUAAUGAAGGAAUUACUGGGGGUGGUUUUUUUUCCUUCUGAACGAAGAAGAAGAGCAAGAAAACAAAAGAGUUCUGUCAAAGUUUCUGAUGAAAAGCAUCAAUUUUCGUCAUCCCCAAGGGAAAGUGCUGAAGUUGGGAGUUCACUUACUGAGGGUGGUUUAAAAGAAGUCCAUAGUAGCAGCAGUAAGUUUCAGAAUUAAUUGAUUUUACAUCUUGUUAGUAUGCUUAUUAGUAUUAUUUUAUUAGUAUGAUAGUAAAUCAAUAAGUAUUAUUUGUCAAACUACAUUUUACGUUAUUGUAGUUGACCUGCAUUUACUUUUUGGGGACAAUCACUAUUCUAUUUUGUUAUUAUUUUUCAAUAAAAGAGAAAAGCACAGUCGCUCAUGAAGGCUUUAUAUUCAAAUCCCUACUUGUUGGUUAUGUAAAUAUUGUUAUAACAGCUUUUGAAAGAUUGAGUUAUUUUCGUAUUUUUCAAACUGACAGUUCUUGGCACUCUUUUUUC